AUGGCGUCGCCGGUAGCAGACAUUUUCGCACUGAACUGGCUAGAUGUCUCCAUGGUCGGUAAGCUGAUGCAGCUCGACAAGACUUGGCAAGGCAGCAUGCAGAGAUGGCUGACGGCACAGACAUCCGUGGUUCUCAGAGACGCGAGGGACGUCGUGCUCACUUGGGUGAGUUGGAGGUGCCCACAUCUUCAGACACUGGAUAUCAGCGGCUGUAGAAAGUUGACCACGACUGCUGUGGUAGAUGCCGUCCGACGGUGCCCCUUGCUGAAGACCUUAAUUGCCCUUGGAUGCACAAGCCUCGCGUAUCCUGCCCAGGGCGACUCCCUACGCGGGUGGGAAGCCAUCCGAAAGGCCAGAGGAGGUUUGGAAGUGGUGGGCCGUGGCUCCCGCUUGACUAUUCGCGCCGAGUGCGAGGGUUCCGAGCUCUGGUUCAACAUCGGAGGACACACGCGACUGUCCAAACUGACCAACAUCUGGUUUGAGCGCCAAGGGCUCCCGACACAACUGGCGCGCUUCUUCUUUGGCAGCCACCUCAUCCAGCCCAACGACACUUGUGCUUCGCUGGGUCUAGAGGAGGGAGACAUGCUGGAAGUCCUUCCGGUGCGGCUGGUGCAGGGUUCGCCGCUGAUGGAGAGGGUGCGUGAAAUGCAGCAGAGACUGCAGCGUCUUAACGCAGCUCUUGUUGCAAGUGAGGAUGCGGACGCCUGCGUGGAGUCCGCCGCCGUGAUCUCCGAGUCGCUGGCGCUGAACCAAUUUGGGGGACUCGUGGUCCGAGAGGAGGCAAAGCUGCCACCUGGUGGGCGAUUCACGGUCAUGAUGUUUGGGAUGACGGGGUCGGGCAAGAGCGCCCUGGGUAACCUCCUGGCAGGCUACGACCACUUCCUGUCAGGGGACGACACUGCGUCCAUCACCAACACGCAGUCCGUUCUGAAGUACGAGUCUCCCGACAGAUCCCUGGUGGUGCUGGACACCAUUGGCCUCGGGGACACAGAGCUAGACCAGGACAAGGUGGUCGCGAACAUCCGCGAUGCAUCCCUCUCGGCGCCCCACGGCGUGGACGCCAUGUUUUUCGUCAUGCGGAGCGGCCGCAUCACGGAUGACACCAUCGCCAGGCUCAUCUACGCCACGGAGUACCUCUGGGGAACGGAAUGCCUUCUGAACCUCUACGUGGUGGUGACCUACGCCAGCAAGUACGUGUCGAACCGCGACGAGGCUCUGCACUGGAUCAACCGGCAGAGUGACCUGAACUGGCGCUUCAAGCACAUCUACAGCUUGGCCUCUUGGCUGCAGUGGGUGGCGGUUGUUCUCGGACCUUAG